AUCAUCCCAGGCCCCCGCGCAGCCCGCCUCCAGGAGCUCUACGCGCAGAGCCUGCGCCGCACCCUGGGCAAGCUCAAGUGGGAAAACUUCGCGGCGUGCUACCCGACGGUGGCGAGCAGGGCCGAGCCGGUGCUGCGGCAGGUCCAGGUGCAGAUGGUGGAGAAGCUGGGGGACAAAUGCGAGAAGGAGUUUGAGAGCAUCCUCGCCGCGAGACAGGUCGUUCCGAAACUCAACGAUCUCGAGGCCCUCAUCAGCGAAGCGACGCACAGGCGCAUCACCGCCCCUCCCGACGCACCCAAACCAACUCCACCGCAUCUGCUUCCCGCCCGCGAAAUCCUCUCCGCCCACCUCGCCCCCUCGCUCGCCUCCCACCAGUCCCUGCUCAACGCCCGCCUGCAGACGGCGCAGUCCCACAACGCCAUCCUGUACGACCAGAUCCGGGCCCAGCGCGCCGAGAUCGAGCAGCUGCUCGAGAUGCUCGAGGGCACCGUCGGGGACGUGAGGAGCGCCAACGAGGCGCUGGAGCCCGUCGUCGAGCUGUUGGCAAGGGAGGCGAGG